UUCGGAGUAAUGUCAGUUAUUCCAAAAUAUCGCUGCUGUGUAGACAUAGCCCCAGGGUUUCAGGCAGGUGCCUUAGGAUCUGCAGAGAGGAUACGGUGAGCUGGGUUGGGGACUUGCCACAGAGCCUCCCUAGUUCGUAGGCGUGCCUGGGGAAAUCUCCAGGGAAUUGAUGAGUUUUGCAAAUAGUGAGUCAGCAAACAAGCAUGCUAGCACAUAAUCUGUGCUGACACACUCCCUGCCUUUGUUUUGACAACUUUCUGUUCCAUUUGUUCCUUUCUGCUCCUAGUGCUCUAGCAGAUGUACAGCAAGGUGUCUGUAACAGGAGGCAGGUGCCACUGCCUGUCUCUGCUGUUAACAAAAAAUCUCUGCCCAGUUAGAGUGGGAUGAGACUACUGAGGGGAGUGGGGUGACGCUUUUUGGAUCAGAGAAGUGAGAUUUAUAAAGUGCCAAUGGCUAGGUGGCAAGUGUUUGCUGACAGGCAUUUCAUGCUGCUUAUAAUCAUCUCCAUGUGACCUUGCAUGCUGCCCGUUUGCUGCAUCUUGCCUUAUUGAAUGACACUCGCUAUGAAAGGGACUUUUUGUGGGCAUACAUUACCUGGUACCAGGGGCCUUGAUCCCUGCUUGAGAUUGCUCAGCACUCCCACAGUACAAGGUACCACCCUGGUCUGUAACGAACUAGCUGGAUACUGCUCCAUUACAAAUUCAUACAUAUGUUCUUAUCACCCCCAGUUUCCUCCCCUUUGUUAUUUCUAACACUUCAUGUGCCAAGGCUCAGAGAAAUGGGCAUUCCCCUUUUUUUGCUUCAUCUCUAGAAUCUGAAAAAUGAAAGUCAGCUAGUGAUAUCACUUCUGUUUUCUAAGCCAGUUUCACUCCUGAGCUCAAGGCUGCAGUGUAAACGCAGCAGAAGGGUGUGGGUUGGUCUACCUGGGGCUGUCACUUUAAUGCCAGCUUUGUAAAGAUGGGCCUGUUUGCAAGGGGAGAACCAACAGCUUUGCUUUAACAACUGGCUUUUCAAGUCUGGUCAUGGAAGCUAGAGCUCUUUGCAAGGCAAAGCAGGUAUGUCAGUCUGCCCUUAGGGCUGCCUGCAGUUCCAUGUCUCUCCUCUUUGGGGCGCUGUUUUUGUGCAGCCUUGGCACAGGGUCUAGACUUGAGGGGGCCACACCAGUAAACCCAGCAGUGAUGGGGCUGAAGGCAACACCUCCAAAGCCAUGGGGCACUGGAAGAUGCAGGGCAGAUUUAGGGACCAGCAAAGACAGGGUUUUAGCUUACAACAAGGAAGGGGCAGGAAUAGAGGAGCUUGGAAGUGGGAUGAGAAUGCCCACAACAGCCAGAGCCAGGUGCCACAAGGAGAUCCCAGCACUGGAAGAAGCCACUCCAUGCCUAGCCAGCUGCGUCUGCACUUCCAUGGCAGUGAACUGCUCUCGACUGGGGCUGGCAGAGAUUCCUAUGGCACAGCCCUGCUCCUGGAGAGUGACAGUCCUAGACCUGUCCCACAACCACCUGAGCGAAGUCCGAGCAGAGGACCUUGCCGCAUACCCCAGCCUCCAAGUGCUGGAUUUGAGCUACAACUGUAUCCACACCAUAGAGGAAGGAGCCUUCCACCACCUGGGCAGGCUGCAAUCUCUCAAGCUCGUCUCUAACAGCCUUGUGUGCAGCUGCUCCUUGCGCUGGCUCGUGGCCUGGGUGCGAGAAAAGCGCCCGCUCAUGAGUGAUGCAGAGAUGUUCCAUUGCUUCCAGCCAACAGCCUCCAGCAGCAUCGGGCUACUGGAGGCAGAUUUCUCAGCUCUGACCUGUGCGGAUGAUUUUAUCUCCUGUGUGAAGGACCCAGAGACCAUGAGAGACACGGUCCUGCACUACUCCGACCUCCACCCUGGCACGCAGAGUCAGGCCUCCUGCCAUGCGCUCUGCUAUCAAAAGGCACACACCCAUUACGGCCUGGACUUGGAGGACCGCUGCCUGUGUGGAUCACUAGGCAGCAAAGUGGCCAUGGAGUGUGGGAAAGUGUGCUCCAAUGAAAUCCAGAGCCAAGUGUGCAAUAAAACAGUCGUCCAUGCCGUGUACCCUGUCCAGGUGAGUCUCUCGCUCUCUGCUCCUCCCCAUUACAGUCUCCAUGAGGUGAUUGAAUUCACCACAGAGACCCUGCUGCCUGAGACCUUAUAUGCCUGGGACUUUGGAGACGGAGGGCAGCAGUUCUCCAGCAGCGGCCCAAGAGCUCAACAUAUGUAUGCCCUCCCUGGCAACUACGUGGUGGUGGUCAGAGCGCAGGUCGGGGGCCGGUCCGUGCUACACAGAGCUGCUGUCAGUGUGGUCCUGCCUGUGGGGCCAGUGGGCAUAGAGUGCCCCAGGGCAGUGGGAAGAGGAGAAAGCGUCCACAUCUGGAUCCAUAGCCAGCAGGGCACUGACCUCUCUGUCCUCUGGAGGAGGAAGACACCAAGUGGACAGGAGAUGCGGGAUGAGUCAUCUUGCCCGCAAGGUGGACGGCUCCACUUGCAGAAUCUGAACUGCUACUGGCUCAACCCCGCCAAAGAGACCUGGCAGGCUGCAAGGAGGCUCUGCCAGGGGAUCCCCGGUGCAGAUCUGGCAAUUGUACGAACUCAGGAGGUGCAGAGCUUCCUGCAGGAGACUUUCCCUGGCGCUGGCGCAGUGUGGAUUGGGCUCAGCUCCAUGGGUUCCAUGCGCUGGGUCGAUGGCAGCCUGCUGGGCUCGUUCCAGAACUGGGCUCCCGUCGGUCGGCCCGAGGGCAAGGAGAGCUGCGUCCAGAUGCAUCUCCUCGACCCAGGAGGGCUUUGGAGCAGUCGCCCAUGCUCUGCAAAGUCCUCGUUCCUUUGCGAGAGGAGAGCUGGAGCCACUUUGCCCAGCCCAGAUGUGUUCCUGACGGGCGUGCCGGUGUUCAGCGGAGUCUACGAUGUGAGGAACCUCAGCACAGAGCAGCUGCCACCUCUCCUGAACCCCGACGGCAUUGAGCUGAUGCUCUUUCCAGGCCUCUGGUUCAGCCACGCGGGUGCUCUAGUCUCCAUAGACUUCGGGGUGCAAGGGACAAAGAAGCCUGUUCAGGUCCGGUUCCAGAUCCUCCGCCCACGUUGCAACCCCAACCAGCAUUUGGUUCGCCCAGGCUGCGAACUUCUCCACACGCCAUUUGCCUGCUGCCACCCGCAGCUGCUCUGCAACACCACGGGUUGGUGCCCCCGCAGGCAGCAGUGGUGCCCACUGAGAGAAGGCUGCUUGAACAUCUCCAGCCCUUGCAGCUCUUACGCCUUUGAGAACAUGACCUCCAACAUCCUGCCCAUCCCAAGCCCACCACGUUACAGCGGGACCCCACCCGUCUACUCGCCAGUGGCUGACUUACACAUGCUACUCGCUCCUAGCAGCACAAGCAGGCCGCCUCCUCAUGCUGAGGUGCGCCAUCCUUCUGCUUCGACAUGA